AUGUGGUGUAACAUUUCACGUCCAGUCGACGAGAAAUCCAGAUUUCAAAGCAGUGGCGACACCGCAACAUGCACCCAGGUCGAGCUAUCAGAUGCGCUUAGAGACAAGGAAGCACUGGAGAGGCUGCCGGAUGCUGCGCUCAACCGGCUGGAUACGCUGCGGUGGGAAGAGCGAAGAGCAGGAAGGAUGAUCGAAUGCCGAAGGCGCGUGGCCGAGCUCCGAGAGAGUCUUGUGGAAGAGGGUAGACGUCGGCGGCAGCUUUACGAAGAGAGAAAGUGGGCCGUGCAAUCGGAGUUCCGGAGGUUGCUGGCUGAGAGGGCCGCGGUGGGGGAGAAGGAGGGCAUGAUAAGGCUUCUCGUGAAGGUCGGACACGCGACGCUUGUCGCCCAAAGAUCCACAUUUGAGGCCAGGAAGAAAGAGGCGGCAGAAGAUAAGGACGGGGUCGGAACAGAGGGAACGGUUUCUCCUGGAGAGGUGUAUUUUGAGCACAGAGACUGGGUCAGCGAGGAAUUCCAAGAGGCGGCAAAGGAACAGAAACGUGAGGAGGAUUGGGGCUGGGAAGAAAAACUAGCAGAGAUGCUGCGGAUUCGGGAGCUGGCCCGAAGGCGCGAGACCACCGUGGGCGAGCUUGUACUCGGUGCUGCCAGGGGAGCACUUCCCCCACCCCACCCAGACCAAUGGCUGCCAAAGGCGGAGAAGCAACGGCACGAAGAUGAGGCACAAACACCCGUAAAGAAGAUCAAUCUAACUGCGGCUCCAUUUGUCUGCCCGCCUGGACAAACGAAGUUGCGUCUCCUACUCGGAAGGCACGCAAGGGAGCUACGCGUGGAGCAAGAGGCCGUGGAAUCAUCGUACGUGAGAGUCGGCGAGGCCGCCCGCGACGUCGCCAUCCUCAAGGCCAAGCUCGGGGCGAUUGAGGGCUGGAGAGACCACGAGAUACUGACCUUGAGGACCACUGGGAAGGAAGCAGUCGACAGCCUGAAGGGCCUUCUGGAGAAACAAAGGACAGAGUCUGCCGCUCGCACUGACAAGCUAGAGCAGGCUCUGUCCGAGCUCCGCAAGGAGUACAACGAGGUGCUUUCCGAGAAACUACGAACGGAGCUGCGGGCAGAGAGGAUGCAUUCGCUGCGGCUGGAGCUUUGGAUCGCAGCAUUGCGCGAUGAGAUUCGCUUCCACAUCAAAACCCAAGAAGAAAUGAAGCGGCUCCAGGCGCUGGAAAGGAUUGAACACGAGCGACAAAAGCGGGAGGAGAGACACAAGGUGUGGCGACAUCGCACGGCCAUCCGUCUCCUAUGCACGAGCGUGGACACCCUGUUCCUCUUCUUCGCGCAGCGGCUCGCCAACCUGGCUGGGUCUCGACGGACCCACAACGACGCCUUACGCGCUAACGGUGCUGUAGAGGUGCUUGCUGCCGUCUGCCGCGGUCCUCGCAAGGAUCUUCGACGGCUCGCCGCAAGAGCAUUGGGAGCCCUUGGUUGGAACGGCCACACCGAGGCGCGUGUUUUGGCGUGGGACAUUUACCGCCACUGGGACCUCUGGGUGCAAUCAUGCUGCCCGGCCGAGGAGGCACGGCUGCUGAAGAGGGGGCGGACCUUCGACGGGCCCGAGGAGUUCAGGCAUGCCGACCAGAUGUCAGCGCCCCCUUCUCCAUCUCCUGCUUCCGCCUGGCAAGAACAGGCCAACACAAGCCCCAAAAGCCCACCGCUCCUUUCCAAGCAGAGGGGGCCGGAAAAGGCAACCACAAAAUCUCUCCCGCGUUCAAUCGAGGACGACCUUGUCAACAAUUCUACUGUCGACGAGUCUGGACAGAGGGCGUCGUCAUCAGUAGAUGGACAGGGUCGUCAACUUGUCACCGAGGCGACGGCGACGCCGGAAGCUGGCCGCCUUGGUGCCGUAGGAGAGGACGACAACCAGGAACACGGUAACGCUGAAGAAAAUGAAGGAAAACGAGUGGAGGAAGAGGAAGAAGAAUUCAGGCCGAGAGCGGCAAUGAGCGCACGAGCCGUUGUACGUGAGCGCCGCCAGUGGGCCCUCAGACGGGCUAGGAGGCAAGAAGGGCCAAACGAGGCCAAUCAACUCGAACUCGGCGGGUGGUCGCCGGCUGGAACCGGUGUCCCCGAGGUGCGGGUGGACACAGUGGUGAAGGUUGCGGGUACCGGAAGGAGAGGCGCCCAGGGAGGAGGAGGAGGAGGAGGAGGAGGAGGAGGAGGAGACGACAUUGUGGUUGAAGGCAGCGGCCAGGGAGGAGGAGGCGUUGUGGCAUUGCUGAGAGACGACUGGGAGGUCGUUCGGGCCGCCGCUUCGGCCCUCAGCGUGGCGGCAUACCACGAGGACAACGCCGACCGCAUGGGCAAGGCGGCGCCGGACCUCAUCCCGGUCCUGGCGAGCUUGCUGCCCCACCCGGACCCCGAGGUGCAGACGCACGCCGCCACCGCCCUCGCCAACCUGGCGUUCGGGUCUCCGUCGUACCAGUCGGAGGCGGGGGAGGCUGGGGCCGUGGAAGCGCUGCUCGACGUCUGUCGCGGGAGGGCUGGCGUGGAUACGGGCGAUGCUGGUCAUCGUGACGGGACGAGUGGUGAUAGUACGCCGCUCGUUGCUUCUGGCAUUGACAAGGAUGGAGUUGACGAUACGGCGGAGGGAGGGGGCGGUAAUCGAGGAAGACGUAGAGGAGGGAGAUCUACACCAAGCAGUAGAACUACUAAUGGACGAGGACGCUCUGAAUCUGGAGAAGACGAGGCCGGGGGCGUUCGCGGCCAGGUCCAGCGGGUGGGUAGGACCAAGAAGGAGGGGGAAGCGUCGAACAACAGAGACCAGAGAGCUACAGCAGAGUGUCGAGAACAGGGAGAACACAUGUCAUCGACGGAUGAAGCGAACGCUGAGAAGGCGGAGACUCGCGACGUUGGUGCGGAGCGCGCGACUAAAGUAGGUUGUGAGGAAAACAAGGGUUUGAUUGUGGCACGCCGGCAGGGCGAAGAGGACGGUGGCGUCGAGGACGAGGGGGGUGAAGAGGGCGGAGCGGCAGCGACGAUGGACGUCGACGCGGUGCAAGCGGCGACCGCGGCCCUUGCUAACCUGCUCUGCUACAGCGAGGCCAACGCCGUGAGGCUUGUAGCCGCCGGUGGGAUAGGCGUUCUGGUGGGGCUGGUGUCGUCGUACAAACCGUACAACCUUCUUGACUUUGACCAGGCGGAGGAAAUCCAGGCUAACGCAGCCGAAGCCCUGGUCAACGCCACCCGCAACCACGGGGAUGAGGUCACCGUGAGGAUACACUCUUUAGGCAUCAGUCCUUUGGUUCUCAUGUGUGGAUCUCACAACUUGCAGGAACGCAUCGGCCGCUACAUAUCGCAGCUGUUGGCUCUUGCGUCGUCCUCGUGGCUUCCCAUUCGAACAAACGCGCUCAUCUGUCUCGGAAAUUCUCUGUUCUUCCACGAGGCCAAUCGACGUCGAUUGGAGGCGAUCGACGAGGCGCUAUUGACGCUGCUUGGGUAUUGCGAUCACGACCACCCGUCCCCAGUCCAGGAGGCCGCACUUCGUUGUUUGGUGUCUCUCACGUACGUCGAUCGCAUCGUGGCGCCGUUGGUCGACGCCGGAUGUAUCGCUCUCUUUGUGUCGAGCCUGGAGCCUUCCGUUCCCACCGCCGUGCGCCACCCGGCCGCACUAGCGCUCCUGAACGUCUGCGUCCACGACCUCUACAAGUCACGCGUGGCGGAAGCAGGGGGGGUAGAGGCGGCGGUGGCUCUGCUCGGCUCGGAUAUCCCGGAGGAACGAGAGCUGGCGGCGAAGAUACUGGCGGCACUUGCGUGCACGGAAGCCGACGACGAAGACAGCGACAAAAAGCAGCAGCUAGAUCUGCCACACCUCCUCGGAAUCGUUCAGACCAAGGGGAACCUCACGGCGCAAAAGGCGGCCGCCGAACAAAUUGCCCAGGAAGUAUCGCAAAACCCCAGCAAGCAGCGAAGCCUGGGCGAAAGCGGCGGAUUGGCGGUGCUCCUGGGGAUGUGCGACCACAGCACCGAAGCACCGCUGCUGGUACCCGUGCUGUGGGGCCUGAGAAGUUGCUUGCACGGCAACGACGCCAACAAGAAUCGGUUCGUUCGGGCCGGCGGACUGGAGGCGCUUGUCCAGCUGUGCCACUCCUCCCGCUCGGCGGGUGAGUGGGGUGUCGCGGAAGGGGUUCUAGCGACGCUUGUAAUCGCUGCCACCGGGAACGAAAAGAUCUGUCGGCGCCUCCUUCGGGUCGGGCUGGAUCAGCUCAUCGACGCCGCGGAAGACAGCAACAUUUCGAGCAGCUGCGAUGCCGUGCAGGAUGAGCCCGCCAGCAUCACAACGUUGAGAGGCGCCAAGCACGCUGGACAUCGCUCUAAGACCUCCGUUUGGGGGAAGGCUCCUCCUCCUUCUGCCCCAUCUGGCGAGGGCGGCCAGGGAAUGACAAAGAAAAUCAAGUGCCUGCCAGCGAUGCCAGGGGUGGGGUGCGCCUCCCCACUGCCGGGGCCCCUGCUGGCCGCUGGUGCACCACGCGGACCGGCGACCGAUGGGGAGCUCGGGCUGGACAAGAUGGACGAAAUAGGAGUGGACGGCGUCCUUCGAGAAGAUUCUGAGGCGCUGGCGCUAAGGAUGCAGGCGGAGUCGAGGGAGACAUGCUCGGCGCUAGCGACAAGCCUGCUCCAGGCACUUGGGCCGUUUAAUUACGUGAGUAUUAAGCUAACCAACCGAGGCCUCUCCGUGAUGUGA